AUGGCCGAUUACAAGUCCAACUCCAGGGAUGAAGUUGUAGUUCAAUCUGGUUCGGUUGAGAAUGGUGAAAUCAACGAGACUGUCGGUCCAAACUAUGCAGAGAUUAUUGUAAUUCGUCAUGGUGAAACGGAGUGGAAUGCUGAUCGUCGAAUUCAGGGCCACUUGGAUGUGGACUUAAAUGAUGCUGGGAGACAGCAAGCGGUUGCGGUGGCUGAGAGGAUUUCAAGGGAGCCUAAAAUCUCUGCAGUGUAUUCAUCUGACCUAAAACGUGCAUUCUACACUGCCGAGAUAAUUGCAAAAAGCUGUGGGGUACCUGAGGUUAUGAAAGAUCCAGACUUAAGAGAAAGACACCUUGGAGCCCUUCAAGGUGCCAUCUUGAAUGAAAUUGCGAAAGUUAAUCCAGAGGCUCACAAAGCAUUUUUAUCCAACCAAGAUGAUCAAGAAAUUCCUGGUGGUGGGGAGAGUUUCAAUCAACUGUAUGAACGUUGCACAUGGGCUUUGCAAAGGAUCGCCCAAAAACACAUAGGGGAGAGAGUCGUGGUGGUCUCGCAUGGCGGCACCAUAAGAGCACUUCACAAAAGAGCUUCUCCUCACAGGCGGCCCACCGGAAGGGUUCUCAACACUUCAGUCAAUGUGUUUCUUUUGACAGAUAAAAACAAAUGGAUUAUUAAAUCAUGGGGCGACGUGAGUCACCUUGACGGGACUAGGUUUCUGGAGUCGGGUUUCGGUGGGGAUAGGAAUUCCGGCUAG